ACUUUUGAUCAGUUAUGUUUUGCUCCCCAAUUUCGUAAAUUUUUGGUUUUUGUUCACAUGUAAAGAAAAAGGGAACAAGCAAGCUUUGCCAACAAUUGAGGUUGAUGAUAAAUUAAAAACAAAAAUGACGGAAAGAUAAAUAACAAGUGAAUACUUUGGGACUCUUUGGAGGAGGAAGGGCAUCAAUAACAAGUGAUUUUAAUUGGCAUGCUCAUCUGAAAAUUAUAUAUAUUAUAAGCUGAACUAUUAUCAAAAUGAGCAAGGAAUACGAUGUUUAUAGGGAUAGUCCACUACGAUAUUUAGGUUAUUCCAAUGAGGUCGGCGAAGCCUUCCGUCCGCUUAUACAUCGCAAUUUAGUUCGUGCGUCCUACUUACUCGCCACUGCUUAUGUCUGCGCUGAUGCCAUUGACAAAUCGGUGAAAGAACAUCAACGUGGAAGUAGCGCUAAACAAAUAGCUAUCGUUACCGGCGAUGUAUUUACAUGGCAAAUGGUAGCCUCAGUCUUCAUUCCUGGCGUUACAAUAAACAGAAUUACAUGGUUAACUGGUUAUCUCAUGCGCAAAGCCGACGUUAGAAAAGCCUUUAGAAAAAUAACGCCCACCGCUAUUGGUUUGUGUUCAAUUCCAUUAAUUAUUGGCCCAAUAGACAAAUUUACUGAUAAGCUCAUGGAUGCUACCUACAGGAAAUGGUUCUAAUAGAACAUGAAACGCUUUAUUUUUUAAUUGGUAGAGGUGCAAUUUAAUGCUUGCGUAUUUUACUAUUACGCACGUUGUUAUAGCGAAUGUUCUAUUUAAUAGUGUUAUAUAUAUACAUACUUACAUAUAUGUAUGUAGAUUCGUAAGAAAAUUGUUUAAAUAAAAGCAAAAUAUUGCAAAAAACGGAGCACAAU